AUGGUUCACCGGGUCGUCUUCUGGACCGGCUUCGGCGUCGCCGUCCGCGCUUGGCAGCUCGGCAUCGAGAUGCGCCCCUUCUUCAACAAGAGCUCCCUGUGGGCCUACCCCGUCUUCGGUGCUGCCGGUGCCGGCUUUGGCUACUGGUUGCAGACGGUCGACGACCGCCAGACAGCCAUUCUGAACGCCCGGAAAGAGUCCAUCUUGGAGAAGCGGGCACGGCGGGCAGCGCGCGAGGAGGCCGUGGCGGCAUAA